CCUGCUGCGGCGGGAGGGGGCAGAGCCGGCCCGGGGCACCGCGCACCGCCCGCCGACGGACCCGCCGCCGCCGGGCUGAGGGGCGGCCGCCCGGGAGAGCCGCCUCCGGUGGCCGCAGAGCCCCGCCGUCCCGCCGCCUCCCCCUUCCCCCCGCCGCCCCCCCCCCGAGGGACGAUGGUGUCGCGGGCCUGGCGCGGCGCGGGGGCUCGCCCGUUCCUGCUGGCGCUGCUGCUGGUGCAUCUGCCUCAGGGUCGCGGCCACCGAGCCACGGGGCCCCGGUUUUUAAUAAGUGACCGUGACAGAGACCCUCAGUGUAACCUGCAUUGCUCCAGGUCCCAGUCCAAACCCCUCUGUGCCUCUGACGGCAGAACAUAUGAGUCAAUGUGCGACUACCAGAGAGCCAAAUGCCGGGAGUCAAGUCUGAGUGUGACACAUCGUGGCCGGUGCAAAGAUGCUGGCCAAAGUAAGUGUCGAUUAGAGAGAACUCAAGCACUGGAACAGGCAAAGAAGCCCCAGGAAGCAGUCUUCAUCCCAGAAUGCAAUGAGGAUGGAUCAUUCACACAGGUGCAGUGCCAUACCUACACUGGAUACUGCUGGUGUGUGACACCUGAUGGCAAGCCUAUUAGCGGCUCUUCUGUACAGAACAAAACUCCUGUAUGUUCAGGUUCUGUAACUGAUAAGCCAUCAAGCCAGGGUAAUUCGGGAAGGAAAGUUUCUUUUCGAUUCUUUUUAACUCUCAAUUCAGAUGACGGUUCAAAGCCAACGCCUACCAUGGAAACCCAGCCUAUUUUCGAUGGAGAAGAAAUCACAGCACCCACCCUUUGGAUUAAGCACUUGGUCAUCAAAGAUUCCAAACUGAACAGCUCCAGUAUAAGGAAUUCAGAGAAAGUUCACUCCUGUGACCAGGAAAGGCAGAGCGCCCUGGAGGAGGCCAGGCAGAACCCCCGUGAAGGCAUCGUCAUCCCCGAGUGCGCUCCUGGAGGGCUCUACAAACCAGUGCAAUGCCACCAAUCGACUGGGUACUGCUGGUGUGUCCUGGUGGACACAGGACGCCCCCUGCCUGGUACUUCCACUCGCUAUGAGACCCCAGUGUGUGAAAGCGAUGCCAGAUCGAAGAGCACAGAGAUUGAUGAUCCAUUCAAGGACAGAGAACUUCCAGGCUGCCCAGAAGGGAAGAAAGCUGAAUUUAUUACCAGCUUACUUGAUGCUCUGACUACAGACAUGGUACAGGCUAUUAACUCAGCAGCACCUACUGGGGCUGGGAGGUUCUCUGAGCCAGACCCCAGCCACACACUGGAGGAGCGAGUGGUACACUGGUACUUCAGCCAGCUGGACAACAACAGCAGCAAUGACAUUAACAAGCGGGAGCUGAAGCCUUUCAAGCGUUACGUAAAGAAGAAAGCCAAGCCCAAGAAAUGUGCCCGACGUUUCACUGACUACUGUGACCUCAACAAGGACAAGUCGAUCUCGCUUCAGGAGCUGAAAGGGUGCUUGGGAGUCAGCAAGGAAGGAGGUAGCCUGAGCAGUUUCCCCAGUGGAAAAAGACAAGGCCUUAACCCUUUCAUAGGUCGCCUGGUGUAGCAGUAGAAGUCAGGAAGGAAAGGCAGGAGCCGACCCAAAGGAAAGAAAGAUCCAGCGACAGACGGACAGACAUCUUGCUGCUUGUGAGCAGUCCUGCAGCAUCAGCAACAUCCAACACAGCAGAAGUGGCACCCAGAAUGUUUGCACUUUUAAAUAAUUGGGUUUGGGUUUGUUUUUAAUUGCUUUUCAAUGCCAUUACCUAAUACUUUGGAGAGUGGGUGGAAGCAAGACCGUGACUUUUUAAAAUUGGAACAGCUACUGAUGAACGUAAAAUUGAGUUCACUGGGACUCAAAGAAAGAGAAUUUUAUAUACUGUAUAUAAAUAUAUAUGUAAAUUGUACAGUUGUCUUGUACAGGGGUUGGAGUCACUGUUCUGUUCCUUCCUUUGCUUUUGAAGGCUGUUAGGGUUAGAGGGACACUUUACUUUUAAUGGAUUACAGUAAUGCAUUCAUUUCUGCCACCAAACCAUUCAGCUGCAAACCUUAACACCCCCCAUGCAAAAAAGAAGUAUAUCAGCAUGACUUUACCUGCAGAUGUGUACAGAGUGCCCCAGAUACCAGCUGCUCCUUGAAAGCAGUUGUGCCCCUUCUUUUCUUACUGUAAAGCCCUGUGCAACUCACAGGCAGUUGGGCAGAUUUCACCAAAGUAUUGGUACACUGCAAAGCUGCUUAAAGCGGGGAUAGAAAAGGGUUGGAUUAAGGACAUAUGAGAGUAGUUUCUGCACCUGUUGCAGGCUGGUCAGAAAUGAAUUGCAAAUGCAUUACUAUUCAGGCUCAGAAGACAUGCUUAGCAAAAAUGUGCCAUGCCUUGGGAAUCUAAUGCUAUAGGAAGGACAUGGGAGCUGUAGGCCUAGUAGAGUCAGCAAAGUCUUGCAUCUUCCUCUCUGACAAAGUGUCCAUCUAAUAUGUUGUACAACAAUAAAAAUAGAGAAGCCUGCUAAAAGCAGCAUUAGCCUGCCUGUUGCUUUGCUGAGGAGCAGAGAACAUAUUUGUCAGUGCAGAAAGACGCAAUCAUGCUGCUGGUCCCUAAGAGUCUGGUUUACUUAUGUUUCAACACCACGGCUUGGGCUAUGCUCACUGGUGAAGGUCUGUCUGCGGUGACUGUUC